AUGGUCGACUACUUCACUAAGUGGGCAGAGGCAGUCGCCCUUCCACGACAGGACGCAGCAUCAGUCACGACCGCCCUCCUCACCAGUUGGAUUUGCCGCUUCGGAGCCCCCAUCUCCUUACACUCUGAUUGCGGAGCGAACUUCGAGAGCCGGCUAGUGCGCGAUGUCUGCGACCUACUCCAAAUCCAUAAAACACACACUACACCGGCUCACCCCGAAGGGAACGGCCAGGUGGAACGAACGAACCGGACCAUUAUUAACCUGUUGAAAGCUUUCGCGGAAGACCACAACCCCCACAACUGGGAUGUUCGGCUGACAAACGCCAUGAUGGCUUAUAGAUGCGCGGUCCACACCUCGACUGGCUACGCCCCCUUCUUAAUGCUAACCGGACGCCAUUUCCGGUUACCAUCGGACUCUCAGCUUCCACUCCCAACCUGCGACGACUAUCAGCCAGACGCUUAUGUCCUAGAGCUGCAGGAAACCUUGAGGACCACGCACAACCUAGCGCGAACUCACCUAGAGUCAGCAUAUACGCGACAGAAGGCCUACUUUGACCAGCACGUCAGCGGUGCGCCAUACGCCCCAGGCGACCUGGUACUACGCUACCGUCCCACUCUACCGGUGGGGACUUCGUCAAAGUUCUUCCAUCCGUGGGAAGGCCCCUUUGUCGUCACUGACUUCUUUCCCCCAUCUACUUACACAAUACGUGACGCGCAGUCGGCCGGAGGCCCUGUCCUUACUGUCCACUAUGACAAACUCAAGCCUUAUAGGGGCCGGCUACCCAAUGCGACCGCCGAUUCCCUACCCAUCCUUCCCCCUCACCUAGUCCCUCAACCCUCCGACGAGGUGGAGAUCACCAGCAGUCCCUCCCAGGCAGCGCCUCUGAGGACAGAGCCGCCUCUUGAGAGGGGGGGCGUGUAG